AUGGCGGCUCCGUAUUGCCCUGUUUACGAUGUUGCAAUGCCAGCCUUCCUGGUAGACACGGUUCUCUGUGACGUUGGAGGACUCCCAGCGUGGGCUUGGCGUUCCUUCGGGUAUGUUUGGUAUCGCAAAACCGUGGUUCUAUUGCGUGUGGAUUCAAAUGUCUUGGUAGCCAAGGGGAUUGUACAAUCCCCCACCGACGAGAAUUUUAACGAUAUCAUGCCAUACAGUAGGUCCCAAUUGCAUUCCGCCUCGCACACACUCUCCAAGCAAACUUCCAGCGUCCUUUAUAUGCUCAUGACAACGGGACAAACCGGGGCACAGCAUGGAUGUUUUCAUCUUUCUCGGCCCCUUCUUAUCUUCCACGAAAAGAAGCUGUCCCUACUCGGUCCGUGGCGGAAAUGGAGAGUUCGUGUUUCCCUUUCCCGUGUACAGACCAGAGUCCCGAGACUGGCAUGGUUUACCGACGUCGGAGAAAUCACCGUCAUCCCCCAUACCUCUCUUGCUUUAAGGUUAAGCAUGCACCAACACCACCACCACCACCACGCGCAUCAACUUCGACGUCGACGCCUUGACAUUUCCCCAUGUGCUAUCUUCCGACUGCGACGUUCUACUCUCUUCAGUGAUUUUGGCUGGGUGUCCCGCCGGAAGACCACGCUCUUCACCAUUGACAUGUUGGGGGUCGUUAUCAUCCGCCACGCUCGGCAUGGGAUGGAUGGUCCUGCCAUUGCAAGGCGUCUUUCCUCCGACACGCUACUAUCCCUCCUUUCUUUGAAGACACGACUGGCUGCAUUGCUAAGGAAGAAUGGACAAGAAUCGCUUGUCGAGCAGGUCUUCUUCGGAAGCGAUAACCACGGCAAUGAUAAAUCGUCUCCGCGGCUGCAGACUGGUCCCGACCCCGAAGCGAUCCCGCAUCCUCUUACCGAGGAAGGAGCGCAUGCCUCUGUCCCCCCGGAUCACUAUGCCGAUCAAUUUGAGGACUUGCGUCAUAUACGCCGCCAUUUUGGGUCGAUAAAAAAUUCCGAAUUAGUUUUCUUUCCUUUUGCAAUAAUAUCUCCACCGCCGAAUGCGAAUCAUAUAUUGGAUAGCCGCAGCAUGUGCUCGUUGCUUCCGUCAGUCUUCGUAGAGUCGAUCAGUGCUGUAGGGACGAAUUGGGCUCACGAUUCCGGCGGCAAGGUUCACAGCCAUACCAGUGCAGCAGACCAUAUCGGGAAGAUCAACAAUGACGCAUCCGGUCAUCGACUGCCAAACCCCAUCUAA